AUGUUGCAUUGCUAUUAUAACACAGCUUCUCGCCUUCUCCGCUUCUAUCGUCUUCGUCUUCCAACUCUAGCCUUGAGCAGCUCUCCCAAAAUUCCUCCUGUUUACGCUUUCAUGGAUGCUUCGAAUCUCAGUUCUUCCAGAAAUCCGAUUUUCUCGUCCUUGGCUCAGUCCAGCACAAGCGGCGGUGGAGGAAGAGGAGAUGUGAGAGGGAACGAUCGACGGAGACCUCAUGGGCGUGGCGGCGGCGGCAGAGAUAGAAUCGAUGCGCUUGGAAGACUCUUGACGCGAAUCUUGCGGCACAUGGCUACUGAGCUGAGCUUGAACAUGCGAGGUGAUGGUUUUGUUAAAGUUGAAGAUUUGCUUUUGCUGGACUUGAAAACAUCUGUCAACGUUCCAUUGAAGUCACACACGGUUGAUGAAAUCAGAGAGGCAGUGAGAAGGGACAACAAACAACGAUUCAGCCUCAUAGAGGACAAUGGAGAGCUCUUGAUUCGCGCAAAUCAAGGCCACUCGAUCACGACGGUUGAAUCGGAAAAGUUACUUAAACCAAUAUUGUCACCGGAAGAAGCUCCAGUAUGUGUACAUGGAACUUAUAUGAAGAAUUUGGAAUCAAUCUUAGCCUCGGGAUUAAAGCGCAUGAAUAGGCUCCAUGUUCACUUCUCUUGUGGCUUGCCAACAGAUGGUGAAGUGAUAAGUGGCAUGAGAAGGAAUGUUAAUGUCUUAAUCUUCCUCGACAUCAAGAAAGCUCUUGAAGAUGGAAUAGCGUUCUACAUUUCAGACAACAAGGUGAUUUUGACUGAAGGCAUUAAUGGUGUUGUGCCUGUCGAUUACUUCCAAAAGAUCGAGUCUUGGCCUAAUCGCCAACCAAUACCUUUCUAA